AUGCCACCAGCUCAGUUUUAUAAUUGGUGUGAAGUAAAGGCCAAAAUGUGGAUUUUAAAUCUAGGAAAACCAGUUAACAUCCCGGUUCUCAGUCAAGAAAUGGCUAUAGAACUUGGAGCUAAUCUUCUUGGCGAAACAGUUAUAUUUGUUAUUGGUGCUGGGCUCCUUAUUGUUGAAUAUAACAGACAAAGCAAUAAAGAGGCUGCAAAAGAAGCUAAGCGCGAAGAAGAAAUGAAACAUAUAACAGGAACAAUUACAGAUCUUUACUUCACUGUUCAACAACAACAAACACAGCUAAGAGAAAUGGAACGGAUAAUCCACAAUUUAGAUGUUCCGAAACCAUCUCUUCCACCAACUGAAAAAGGACCAACAAUUCAGCUGCCACCUGUAUCUCCAAGUGUUCCAGUACCUCAAAACAUAAGCAACACAAGAUAUACCAAUAAUUCCAUUACUCCCACUCCAUAUCCUAACAAAGGAGUCAUUCUUUCAUCGCUGAACUACAUACAGAUGGAUGCAUUUACUUCACUAUUUAACCAUACCACUGAAAAAACCCAUCAAAGUGUUCCUGAAACAACUACAAACCAAAAGAGAGAACCUGCAAUUUUAUCACAAGCAUUGUACAAUAUAGAGAACAACUUCAAGAGUUUAUUU